CACAGAUUUGGGAUUGAGCCGAUGUUGGUGGUUGGGCAAACAGGAAGUGCACCGUGUUUUGGAGUGUUUGGUGUUUAAUGCAGCUGGUGAAAACAGUCGUGUUCUCUCGGUCCAGAUGACGAGGUUAAAGGCGCUGUAAAGGAAGCGCUGUGCAGAAGAGGUUCGUGAUGCAAUAAUCCAUUUUAUUAGUCGAGAAGCUAACUAGCAUUGAGGAGUGGGGGUGAUCCAGCCAUACAGUGCGUUUGUCUGAUCUCACUGAGGCAGCAUGGGAGCAGAGAGCAGUGGGUUGAGGAGCAGUGUGCUUGAAGAGCCGUCUGUGACGCUGCCUUCAGGCCUCACCAUGUACUCUGCUGUGCUGCAGGAUGGAAAACCAGCCUCGGUCUUCGUCUACAAGCAGGGCAAUGAAGACAAAGUCAACAAAGCAACCAAGCACCUGAAAACUCUGAGACACCCGUGUUUGCUGCGCUUCCUGUCGUGCUCCGUGCAGGAUGGAGGCGUACACUUGGUGACGGAGAGGGUGCAGCCGCUGGAGCUGCUGCUGGAGGAUCUCACACCUGAGGAGAUCUGCGCUGGCGUCUAUGAUCUGCUGCAGGCCCUUGUAUUCCUCCAUGACAGGGGAAAAUCCAGCCACAACAAUGUGUGCAUGUCCUCCGUAUUCGUUAGUGAUGAUGGACACUGGAAGCUUGGUGGGAUGGAAACAGUUUGCAAGUUUUCGGAAGCAACGCCAGAGUUUCUCACCAGCGUUCAGAUGGUACGAGAGAGCAGCGCUGUGCCCCCUGAGGAGAAGCUUGGCGGAUUCAAGACGCUUCCCGACAAACACGCCCACGCACGGGAUGCUUUCUCUUUUGGCGUGCUGCUGGAGGCCCUCAUCCCCUUGCUGAGCAGUUACGUGUCGGACGAGCUGCUGGAGAGUCUGAGGAGCACGCUGCAGGUCAGCCUGUUGACCUCUGACCCCACGGUGCGGCCGGCUCUCAGCAGUCUGCUGACCCAUGAGUUUUUCAGGAAUGAUUUCCUGGACAUCAUGAACUUUCUAAAGAGUUUGACUUUAAAGUCUGAGGAGGAAAAACACGAGUUUUUUAAAUUUCUACUGGACCAAGUUCACAGCCUGCCUGAGGAACUGAUCGGCGCUCGUUUGGCUCCGAAACUGUUGAAUUCUCUGGUGUUUGCCGAACCCACGGCUGUAAAAAGCUUCCUGCCUCACCUCUUACAGCCCAAAAAGGAUUCAGCUGUACGGGUCGGGGAGGUGUGUCUGCUGUCGAUGCCACUGUACCGGAGACACGUGGUGCCGCAGCUUCUCAAGCUCUUUAAAGUGAACGAGGAGCAUGUCCGGAUGGUGCUGCUCUCCCAUAUCCACAUCUAUGCAGAGUUCUUCUCGCAUGACGAGCUCAAGAACCAGAUCCUACCUCAGGUGUUGCUGGGAAUGAGAGACACUAAUGAUGCUCUGGUUGCCAUGACGCUGCAAGGCCUGGCAGUCCUGGUGCCGUUACUGGGUGCGCAGGUAGUGGUGGGUGGCGAGAGAACCAAAGUCUUCAAACGUACCACACCGAACUUCACCAAGUCCACAGAGGUUACACCUGAAAACUCACCUGUUCAUAUUGUCGGAGCGUCUUCGCCCUGUAGUUCGCAACCCUCCAAGGUUACAGGUCUGUUGCCUAAACGUUUAGAAGGAGGAGAGCUCGUUCUUGAGAAGCUGAACUCUCUCCAGUCAGUCAGAAGAGAUGUUGCUGCCCAGAUGCCCUCUACAUCAAAGAAGGCUCUUCCAUUGAAUGGCUUCAGCCAAGAAGAAGAGGGAGAGAACGGCAGCAGAACGGAAAGACCGGACGAGGACUGGCCCGACUGGGAGGACGCAGGGGAGAAAUCUGGCACGUACCAGCCUGUACAAAUUAGCAUACAGCCUGCAGACAGUGACUCAGAAUUACCAACCACGGCUGCAUAUGAUGAAGAGGAACCCUGGGAUGAUUUUGAAGAUUCUGAGGUCAUCUCCAAGCACUCGAGUACUACGCCUCAGCCGGUCCCGACGUCAAAAUCCAUAAGCGACAGUGCCUUAGGACCUGUAUCUCUACCAAUUUCCAGACCUGCAAGAGAGUCUAAAGCACUUAAACUGAGUACUGCUUCAGUAAAAACUGCUUCUGAGCAGAAACAGUUGCCUUCAGAUGUAGGCUGGGAGCAGAACAUCGUGGAAGAUACCAGGCCCAGCAAACCAGGUGUAGCUAAAAAUGGAUACAGGAGUGCAGGAGCUGGAGGUCUAGGAGAGGAGUUCACCAUUGAGGUGAAAAAGAAACCAGAUCGAGAUCCAGAGCUGGACCUCUUCGCUGACAUGGUGCCAGACAUAAAGCUGUCGUCUCCUAGCAUGUUCUUACCCAUAGGGAGUUCAAUCAGCAAGCCUGAGCGAGACACUACACACUUCAACACACUGGAACUGACAGCCAAGUUUGCUGCAGUAGACCUGCCCGAGACUGAUGCAGAGGGCUGGGGUGACAGUGAUAUCACCUGGGAAGACGAGAACACCUGGUCCUGAUCACUGGAACUGUGAAUUUCUAAGACGGUCCAGAUGUUACACCGAGUUGGAAACGGGUGUGACCGUUGCAGGCAGUUGAAACUUUUAAUGCUAUCAUAAGUGCAGCUUUAGUGCUACUCGUUUGGACAACGGUGCAUUUAUGGGCGUUUCUAAAUACAUCAUUCACUUCAAACUGCAUUGUUAUAUUAGGGUUCCCUUUUUCCAGCUCACUUAUAUUAAUCGUAUAAGCGAGCACCAAGCCAUAAUGGAAGACGUGGAUAGUCAUUAUUCUACAGGAUGUGAUCUCUUGUCAUUCUGACUGCCAACACCUUGACCACUGGCAUGAUGUAAACUUGAGAAUGAACACAAUCACUUUAACAAUGAAGAGCUCCGAUUGAUAAAGGACAAUAAAUUAGGCAUUAGAAAUGGUGUAUGAUGAGAUUUGCAGUCAGAGCUGUGUGAUGUUUGAAACUACGUAUGAAACUUUUAAUGAACGAUGUGAAGGGUCGGUGUCUUGGUUCACUUGCCCUCAUAUUCCUUUUGGGAACCUCGUGUAGCUCUUUGCCAAAUCCUGACCGAAACACAGCUUCUAGCUCUGAAGUCAUUUUCACUGGAAGUACAUGUGCAGCAUUCGUCUUCAGGUUUAGGGUUGUGUUUUUGUUUCUGUUGUCUGUGCCAUCAGUGGCUCAACUUUGUUCUACUUGUAUUACAAGGAGCCUUACGGAAUAGCCAGUUUCAACAUAAACAUGUGUAUAGUAUACGGUUUAUAUACAGUACACACAUUUAUUUUGUUUUAGGGCUGGGGUUUUGCUGAACUAAAAGAGAGAAGGAUAUAAUUUAUUCUUAUUGUCAGAUGCUGAUGAAAUAAAGGUUUUAUGAUAUUUAUCUGA